UUUCAGGAUAUGGAAUCUGCACUGCGGGCAUUUGCCGCUCGUCCAGAGCACAAGUCCUCGGACAGCACAUUCCUGGUGUUCAUGUCUCACGGCAUCCUGAGCGGAAUCUGCGGGACAAAGUACAGCUCUGAAAACCCAGAUGUGCUAGCUCAUGACACCAUCUUCCAGAUUUUCAACAACCGCAGCUGCCCUAGUCUAAAGGACAAGCCCAAGGUCAUCAUUGUCCAGGCCUGCAGAGGUGAAAACCUUGGGGAAGUGUGGGUCAGUGACUCUCCUGCGGCUCCGACAGACAGCGUUUCACAUAUUGGCACCAGCCUUUCACAGAGAGGUGACAGCCUGGAGGAUGACGCCAUUCACAAGGUCCACGUGGAGAAGGACUUCAUUGCUUUCUGCUCCUCAACCCCACGUACGUGUCCUUCUGUUGCAGGCAGGGACUGGGGGGCCCGAGACCGGCUCUGAGACAGGCUCCGUGCAACAAUGACCCGAAGCGAAUAUUAAGUGUUGAUGUAUUUUAUGUUUUGUUUUGUCCUGUCUGUUCUCUGGAGAUAAAGAAUCUUUUAGCCCCCUAACUUUCUAAAAUUGUGCUUUUAUUGCAAGUGCUAUGCUUUAUAGUCAAAGGUACACCAAACAUUAAAACCACCUAAUGCAAGAAACCCCCCUGAUCAGACGCCAUUUUAACACAAAUGAUGGAUCCAGGUUUCUGUUAAAUCCAUU